AUGUUUUUAUCUUUCUUUCUUUUUCCAGUCUUUAUAUUUCUUUCUUUCUUUCUUUCUUUCUUUCUUUGUUGGUUUGUUUGUUUCUUUCUUUGUAACUCAGUUUUUUUCUAUCUAUCUAUCUAUCUAUCUAUCUAUCUAUCUAUCUAUCUAUAUCUAUCUAUCUAUCCGAUGCUUUCUUUCUUUCUUUCUUUCUUUCUUUCUUUCUUUCUUUCUUUCUUUCCCAGCGUUUUUCUUUCUUUCUUCUUCAACUUUUUUCUAUCUAUCUAUCUAUCUAUCUAUCUAUCUAUCUAUCUAUCUAUCUAUCUAUCUAUCCGAUGCUCUUUCUUUCUUUCUUUCUUUCUUUCUUUCUUCUUCAAGUUUUUCUUUCCUUCUUUCUUUCUUUGUAACUUUUUUCUAUCUUCUAUCUUUAUCUUUCUUUCUAUCUAUCUAUCUAUCCGAUUUUUCUUUCUUUCUUUCUUCUUUCAAUUUUUUUCUUUUUUCUUUCUUUCUUUCUUUCUUUCUUUGUUUUUCUUUCUUUUUCUUCAAUUUUUUUAUCUUUCUUUCCUUCUUUCUUUCUUUGUAAUUCAGCUUUUUCUAUCUAUCUAUCUAUCUAUCUAUCUAUCUAUCUAUCUAUCUAUCUAUCUAUCUAUCUAUCUAUUCUAUAAUUUCUAUAUCUAUCUAUCUAUCUAUCUAUCUAUCUAUCUAUCUAUCUAUAUAUCUCAUUCUAUAUAUAAUCAUUUGCAUAUCUAUCUAUCUAUCUAUCACCGUGAUUGA